GUGGCGGUGUCGACGCCACUCAAGGGAUUGGUGUCCUUUCCUCUCCUCCUCCGAUCCCCUUUCCUUCGUUACUCUCUAAAUUAAUACCCGCAAUUGGUCCAUCGCCUGCAGAUAAAACUUCACGGAAACCCUCCACCGCCAGCUUUCCUGCACCUACAUCGGACACGUAUCUCUACAUACAGCUCAACCCAUCCUUCGCACCCAUCACCCCUCCCACACACCUUUUCUCUUACUCCCCGAUUCAGCCGUCUAAUCCGGUCCAUUAGCUAGAGUCCAGCGAAAUCUUGAUCGCCCGGCGAGAGGCUCUUUAUUAACCCUCUCCCUCCUACCUUUCUGUUCCCCUCCCUUUCACUCGCUCGAGCGUGGCCUUUCAGCCCGCCCCCCCCCCCCAAGCGAUCGUCGAAGGUUCUCUGAGGAGACCGAACAUUAUCACCAUGUCUAGCAUUUCCAUUCCUAUAUCUGCCAUCACGGAUAGGUUCAACCUAGGCCGUUUCACCGUGAGUUCCUCGUGGCCUUUCGUGGGGCGGAGAGAGAGGAAAAAGGUCUAACGACUGGAAUUUCUAGGAGGGUAAUCGCAUGCCACUUGCUGGUCGGUUCUCUAACCUACGCCCCUUCGGUGAAUUCUUCGAUUUCAAACGCCUUUCCAAACCCAAUAAUUUCGGCGAGGUCCAGAGCCGUGCGAGCUACAACCUGGGCUACUUUUCUAGCAACUAUGCCGUUGUCUUUGUUAUGCUCAGCAUUUACUCCCUGUUGACGAACCUGUUGCUGCUCUUUGUGAUUCUCCUCGUUGCAGGAGGUAUGUGGGGGAUUGGUCGACUUGGUGGGAGAGAUUUGGAUAUUGGUAUGGCUCCUUUUUUCUGCCCUCGCUUGUUUACGUUUUAUGAUGCCGCUGCCUUGUUUAGCCUCGAGUCUUUCUUUUUCUCCUUCCCACUGUUUUAGCCAUGUCUUGGCUGUAGAUCGUGACCGCAAUAGGAAUCCCCGCUCCCUCGGCAGUUGAUAAAAAACCAACCUAACAUUUGUUUCUUCCUCUAGGCCCGGUUCACGCUACUACUUCCCAACUCUACACUACUCUUCUUGUUGUCGCCGUUCCCCUUGGUAUCUUUGCUUCUCCCAUAUCCACGGUUCUCUGGCUCAUCGGAGCCAGCGGGACUUGCAUCCUCGCCCACGCUAGCUUUAUGGACAAACCGAUCGAGAAUGCUUUUUCCGAGGAGGCGGUCUAGGGAUGGUCUCUCCGCGAACUCCAAUAAUAAAAAGAUAUGGACCAUCGAAGUCGGCGGGGACGAGGGCUGACUUGAUACACAAAAGAUUUGAACCGGGUUUAAUCAAUACUAGGCUUAUUACUAAUGGUGCAGAG